CCAGUUUUCUGUUGACAAAAGUGCAUGUGUACUGAAGGUCCUGCUGCAUAGGGCAGUGUGCAGAACUGCAUCAAGACAAUGUGACAAACAUCUGAUGCUGUUUAAUAAACCAUAAAAUUACAUUUUUUUUGGUUAAAACUGCUGACCCAGUUUAUUCAUCAGUGCACAUGAGUACGUACAGGCUGCAGCAACUCAAGGGUCAUAUUUUGCCAGGAAUUGAGAUCACAGCAAUGGCAGGCCCUGCUAGUCCCCUGACCACCCAUGUGCUGAACACUGCAAUGGGUGUCCCUGGCUCGAACAUGGCCCUAGGUCUCUAUCGACAAGACCCCUCCACUAACGCCUGGAGUUUGAUAACCUCUGGGACCACUAAUGCUGAUGGACGUUGUCCAGGACUCAUCACAAAAGAAAUGUUUACCUCUGGUGUGUACAGAAUGCGUUUUGAGACUGCUCAGUACUGGGAGAGUAUGGGAGAGACCAGCUUUUACCCGUAUGUUGAGAUUGUCUUCACUAUAAAUGACCCAGGCCAAAAGUACCACAUCCCUCUGCUCCUGAGUCGUUUCUCUUAUAGUACGUACAGAGGGAGCUAGAGAUCCAGUGUGAUCAACCUCCAUCUAUCUGCUGUCUAACACAUCCCAGACAGAGGCAACUCCACCAAGAACAUUCAUCCCAGCACCAGCUGAACUGUCACACACCUAUGACAAGACACAAUGCCCCAUUUGAAUGAUUCUUCCCUUUAAAUAAUGAUACUGUAUUCAAAACUUGUUUGCGAUUAAACAAACCAUAUUUACUCAUAUACACUACAUAUUAGGCUAUAUAAUAUCUAACGCCUAUUAAAACAUACAAUGUCUUAAUAAACUAAAUAAGGUGUUUGCUGACAAAUGAUUUUCUUUUGUCAACCUGCAUGUAAAUCCACCGGCUAGUUAUUUUUUCAAAACAUCUGCACUCUCUCUGUAUUUUAUAUUAAAUGAAACAG